CUAGUCGCCAUGUUUCUCCUCAUCAUUCCUGAAACACACUCAGCGGAGGCGGGCAGAUGAGAGAGAAUCACCCCGUCACCUCACAUACUCACCACCACCAUCACCAUCCUCCUUCUCAUCUUCACCCCAUCAUCAUCAUCAUGUGACGGAUUUCAUCCCGCGGGCAGGACUUACUUUUCGAGGAAUUAUUCAUGGGAUAAGGACUAUGGAAAACUAAGCGACACUCAAUCGGUGUCAUUGAGGAACUUCGCUAAACUCACUUUUUGCGGACAUAAACAUAUUUUAUCCACAUUUUUCACACACGUAGUGCAUAAAUAUCACUUUUGUCGGGCGUGUCAUGUUAUUCCUGUUUGUUUUGAGGAAAAUUCUCUUUUGAGGACGAGCUAAAAUCUUUUAGCCUGCUAGCCAAACGUCUUUAUUAGCUGGAUCAUUAGCAUCAGUUAUUUUAACCCGUUAAAGUUGAACAAACUGGGGAUGUUUUACAGCCUAUAUACAUGACAUGGUUUGACACUACUACUUGUUAAUAUUCCUAGACGAUUUUUUUGUAUUUAUAUGAGAGUAAACCAGUUAAGAUACAUUGUGUCGCGGGAAUGUUGUUAGCUCGUUAGCUUGAGUAGCUACAGAAAAGGCACUUAAAUAUAUGUAAAUUAAUAUUUACAAAACGCAAGAGAUAAAUUACAGUUUUACAUAAACGUGCAAGGUCUUUUUGGAUAAAUGUCUUAAAAUUGUUAUUUCCGCCCCUCAUUUGGUGGUUUGUUGAUCUUCCACAGAGUGCAUUAAAAGAUGUAGUGAAAAGUUUUAUUUGGUAUGAAAUUAAAAUUAUUUUUGAGUUUACUGCAGUUUUGUGACUGCAUUUUACUGUGAUGAUGGGUGGGUUAUAUUUAUAGCUAUUUACAGAUCCCCUCCAAAGACUGCGCGUAUUUGCAUUGAUUUUAAUAACAAUACACUAAUUUUUUUUUGGGACACACUCGUUUUGCACCAUGUCUGGAGAAGUGCGUUUGAAAACGCUAGAAAAACUGAUUCUGGAUGGUCCUGUCCAGUCCAAUGGACAGUCUUUUAGUGUGGAAAGUCUUCUGGAUGUUCUCAUCAGCCUUUAUGAUGAGUGCAUCAACUCCCCACUCAGAAGAGAGAAGAACAUUGCUGAGUUUUUGGAAUGGGCCAAACCAUUCACCUCUAAAGUGAAACAGAUGCGAUUGCACAAAGAGGACUUCGAGAUCCUGAAGGUCAUUGGUCGAGGAGCUUUUGGUGAGGUAGCAGUUGUAAAGGUGAAAAGUUCAGACAAGGUGUUUGCCAUGAAGAUCCUCAACAAGUGGGAGAUGCUGAAAAGAGCAGAGACAGCUUGUUUCCGGGAGGAGCGGGACGUGCUGGUGAACGGGGACUGUCAGUGGAUCACCAGACUGUACUAUGCCUUUCAGGAUGACAACUUCCUGUACCUGGUGAUGGAUUACUACGUGGGUGGUGACCUCUUGACUCUUCUCAGCAAGUUUGAGGACCGUUUGCCAGAGGACAUGGCCAGAUUCUACCUGGCUGAGAUGGUUCUGGCGAUUGAUUCUGUGCAUCAGCUCCACUAUGUCCACAGAGACAUCAAGCCAGAUAAUAUUCUGCUGGAUGUGAACGGACACAUUCGGCUAGCAGAUUUCGGCUCCUGUCUUAAACUCACGGAGGACGGAACGGUGCAGUCCUCUGUCGCUGUGGGCACUCCAGACUACAUCUCUCCUGAGAUCCUGCAGGCCAUGGAGGACGGGAAAGGGAAAUAUGGCCCGGAAUGUGACUGGUGGUCACUGGGCGUCUGCAUGUAUGAGAUGCUGUACGGGGAAACUCCUUUCUAUGCAGAGUCCCUGGUGGAAACGUAUGGAAAGAUUAUGAACCACAAGGAGCGGUUCCAGUUCCCUGCUCAUGUGACGGACGUCUCUGAAAAUGCCAAAGACCUGAUCCGCAGACUCAUCUGCUGCAGAGAGCACAGGUUGGGUCAGAACGGCAUUGAGGACUUCAAACAGCACCCCUUCUUUUCCGGCAUUGACUGGCAAAACAUCCGCAACUGUGACGCCCCCUACAUCCCUGAAGUCAGCAGCCCAUCUGACACGUCAAACUUUGAUGUGGAUGACGACUGCCUCAAGAACACGGAGACAAUGCCACCUCCUUCCCACACCGCCUUCUCAGGACACCAUCUCCCAUUUGUAGGAUUUACCUACACCAGCAGCUGUACGCUGUCUGACCGCGGUUGUCUGCGGGAGUCUGCAGCACCUGCACAAAUGGAUGUGUCCGUGCAGCGCGGCCUGGAGGACAGUCUGGCUACUGAGGCGUACGAACGGAGGAUCCGCCGUCUGGAGCAGGAGAAGCUGGAGCUCAGUCGCAAACUACAAGAGUCUACAAAAACGGUUCAGGCUCUGCAAUACUCCAGCGGGGACGGACCUGCUUCCUCCACCAGAGAAGUUGAGAUCCGUGGAUUGAAGGAGGAGUUAGAAAUGCUAAGGAAACAGAUCGCAGAUACAGGACAGGUGGAGCAGCACUUAGAACAGGCCAGUUCUGCCCGCAGAGAUCUGGAGGAUUCCUCCAAACAGAUCCGAUCUCUGGAGAAACAGCUCAAGAUCAUGAAGCAGGAAAGAGAUGACCUGCAGAAGGGUCUGCAGGAAUCCUCAGAGAAGUUGAAGACUCAAGGGAAGGAGCUGAAGGAGGCGGACAGCCAGAGGAAAAUGGCCAUGCAGGAGUUUGCAGAGGUGAGCGAGAAGGUGACGGAGCUGCGGUCAUACAAGCAACGACUCUCCCGACAGCUCCGGGACAAAGAGGAGGAGAUGGAUUCCCUCAAUCAGAAGGUGGAGGCACUACGGCUAGAAGUGCGCAAAGCCGAGCGGGCCAAGAAAGAGAUGGAGGCCCAGGCUGAAGAGUUUUCUGCUGAGACUCAGAAAGAGAAGAAGCUGAGGGAACGCAGUGAGCAGUACAGCAGACAGCUGGAAGAGGAGCUGGAGGGAAUGAAGCAGAAGCAGGUGGGCCAUUCUCCAAGUGUUGGGUCAUCUGAGCAGCACCAGGAGCUCAGUAAAUUACGAGCAGACCUGGAGAACAAGACCACGUUCUAUGAGGAAGAGCUGUCACGGAGAGAACAGCAACAUGCCAGCGAACUGAAGAACCUGAAGAAGGAGCUCCGGGAGUCAGAGGGACAGCAGCUCACCUUAAAGAAAGAAAUCAUGAUGUUCAAAGACAAGCUGGAGAAGACCCGCCGAGAGAGUCAGAGCGAACGAGAGGAGUUUGAGACCGAUUACAAACAGAAGUACGAGAGAGAGCGAGUGCUGCUGUCAGAGGAGAACAAGAAACUUUCCAGCGAACUUGACAAGAUGAUGUCGUCGUUUGAGAAGUUGAGCUGCAGUCACAAGCAGCUGGAGGAGGAGAUGAGAGAACUGGCUGAUAAGAAAGAGAGUGUGGCACACUGGGAGGCCCAGAUCACAGAAAUCAUUCAGUGGGUCAGUGAUGAGAAAGAUGCUCGAGGUUAUCUGCAGGCUUUGGCCACUAAGAUGACAGAUGAACUGGAAGGCCUGAGGAACGCCAGUCUGGGUGCACGUGCUACUGACAUGCCAUGGAAGGUGAGACGUUUGGCUAAGUUGGACAUGUCUGCGCGUCUGGAGCUGCAGUCUGCACUGGAUGCCGAGAUUAGAGCCAAGCAAACCAUCCAAGAUGAGCUCAACAAAGUCAAAGCAUCGCAUAUGGCCACUGAGUGCAAGCUGGAGGAGUUGGAAAAGAAGAACCAGGACCUUCAGGCAGAGAUCCAGAAGCUGAAACAGGAAACUGAGAGUCUGCGCACGUCUAAAGGGGUCAAACACCAAGACUCCCAGAAUUCCUUCCUGGCAUUCCUCAAUGCUCCGACCUCUGCCCUGGAUCAGUUUGAUCGCUCCACUGCCUGUGGGCCAGCCGGCAAAGGCAGACGUAUCGACUCCAUCGAUAACUUCAGCCUGUCCAACACACCAUCCCGGGAGGAAGAUGGAAGAUCCCAGGUCACGUCCCACUCUCGCUCACCCUCAACCACCAGCGAUAUGGAGUCUCAAGAGCAGGUAGAUCAGCCACAACGAGGUGCACAAACUCCCAUGCGGUCAGGAUACAGUAGCUCUGGUCACAGCACACCUAAACCAAAAGCCCAUCAGUUUGUGGUGAAGACCUUCAAUGCGCCCACUAAAUGUAACCAGUGUACGUCUCUAAUGGUGGGACUUAUCCGACAGGGCUGUACGUGUGAAGUCUGUAACUUCUCCUGUCACGUGACGUGUGCGGACAAAGCUCCUGCCGUUUGUCCGAUUCCUCCUGAUCAAACCAAAGGACCUCUGGGUAUCGACCCCCAGAAGGGCAUCGGCACAGCUUAUGAGGGCCACGUCAAGGUGCCCAAACCAUUAGGUGUGAAGAAGGGAUGGCAGAGGGCCAUCGCUGUGGUCUGUGACUUCAAACUCUUCUUAUACGAUCUCCCAGAGGGCAAAGCUGCUCAGCCUGGUGUCAUGGUGAACCAGGUCAUUGACAUGAGGGAUGAGGAAUUUUCUGUUAGCUCAGUUUUGGCAUCAGAUGUCAUUCAUGCGAACAGGAAGGACAUUCCCUGUAUUUUUAGGGUCACUGCAUCACAACUCUCUUCAUCCAGCAAUAAGAAAUGCUCCAUCUUGAUCCUGGCUGACAGCGAUCAGGAAAGAACCAAGUGGGUCGGCCUACUGAACGAGCUGCACCGUCUCUUGAAGAAGAGCAAACUGAAAGAACGCUUUGUUUACGCCCCUAAAGAAGCGUAUGACAGUACCUUGCCUCUCAUCAAAACCACACAGUCUGCUGCUAUUAUAGAUCAUGAGAGGAUAGCCCUGGGCAAUGAGGAAGGAUUGUACGUUAUUCACGUUACCAAAGAUGAUAUUAUCAAGGUAGGAGACAAUAAGAAGGUCCGUCAGAUUGAGCUGAUCCCAUCAGAACAGUUAAUCGCUGUGAUAUCGGGCCGAAAUGGCCAUGUGCGGCUCUACCCAAUGGCAGCCCUGGAUGACCGUGAGGCCGAUUUUCACAAGAUAGCAGAGACCAAAGGCUGCCCAACUCUGGUUUCUGGCACGAUCAGACAAGGAUCUCUCACAUACCUCUUUGUGUAUAUGAAAAAACCUGACAAGGUGAUGAUCUACGAGCUCAACAAGAGCAAAACACGUCAUCGGAAGCUGCGGGAUAUUUUCGUCCCGGGAUCCGUGCAGUGGAUGGGUCUCCAGGGCGACAAGCUCUGCGUGGGCUUCCAGUCCGGGUUCCUGCGCUAUAAUCUUCAGGGGGAUGGAACUACCUCUUGCCUCCUCCACCCUGACGAUCACACCCUGGCCUUCAUCGAGCAGCUGAGACUGGACGCUCUCUGCGCCGUGGAGAUCUCCAGUUAUAAUGCACCUUAUCUGUCAGUGUAUAGUGAGAAUGCAGUGGAUGUAUUUGACGUCAACACUAUGGAGUGGAUUCAGACGAUGCCUUUGAAAAAGGUUCAUCCUCUGAACGCCGAUGGCUCUCUUAACCUGCUGGGGCUGGAGACCGUACGGCUCAUCUACUUUAAAAACAAGACAGCAGAGGGAGAUGAGCUGGUGGUGCCAGAGACGUCUGAUAACAGCCGCAAACAGAUGGUACGCAGUAUGACGAGCAAACGCCGCUUUUCGUUCCGCGUGCCGGAGGAGGAGAGAGUUCUGCAGAGGAGGGAGAUGCUGAGAGACCCAGAAAUGAGGAAUAAGUUGAUUUCAAACCCAACAAACUUCAACCAUGUGGUUCAUAUGGGCCCGGGAGACGGGAUCCAGAUCCUGAAAGAUCUGCCAAUGAAUAUGCGCCCUCAGGAGAGCCGUGGUGUCCUGGGAGCAUCCGUCAGUAUUCCCUCCAUCAGCAAGACCAGGCCUGAACCAGGCCGAUCUAUGAGUGCCAGCGGCGGCCUUGGCGCACGCUCCUCCUCUCAAAAUGGCAGUGCACUGAGACGGGACCUUUCCGUUGGCAGCUACGGUUCCACCAAACGGCAGAUGACGUCUGAUGGCUCGCUGUCAUCCGGAGGGGGCAUUGACUGUGGGGGUGUCCCCCUAUCCCAUUUUGACAGAGAGGAUUCAGACUCGCCACGUCACUCCACGGCCUCCAACAGCUCCAACCUGAGCAGCCCACCGAGCCCUUCAUCCCCACACAAGAGCAAGACUCAGUCUCUGGAGCGCAGCGAGCACCUGGGCUGGGAGACAUGAGCUCAGCCCCUAUCCCACUACCUUCUGAUGUCCGGUGGGGCCCCGAGAGAGACAGAGAGCCGACUCCUUAUACGUCAUAUUCCUAAACGCGCCGCUGGGCCCAGGUGUGUGUGUUUGCGUGUAUUAGUGUGCAUAUGCAUUACACGUGUGAUUGUUGUACACACGCACAUUACCGUGCACCUUACAUCCCUUUUGUGGACCCAUCACCACACUUCCUGUUCCUGUGUUGGAUGGGGGAACAGACCACUGAGUGUAGCUUAUCACCUGCCGCCACAGGUGUGGACGGGGUCGAAAACGACAAACACAGAUCUUUAACGUGAAUUUAUCAGUGUUUGUUGACAAGUGUGCCUCAUCUAACAUAAGAAAAAAAUAUACAUUCAAAAGUCUUAAUGGACCGGGGGGGUGUUACUUUAAACGCAUAACACUAAAGAUCAUGAAAACAUUCAUCGGGGAUCAUGGAAAACUGUUUGUGGCAUUCCAAUCCGUGUGAUAAAACAUGAACACUUCAAUUGAGUUCAGCCCCAAUCGAUAGAGUGGCACUACUGUAUAACUCAGCCUCUACCCUCCAGUGCCAUGCCGACCUUCACAGUCAGAGGUCAGAGUUCAAGAAUAGAUUCUGAGUUCAAUAAUGUAAAUAGAGUUUAAGUAGAGUAUAAUAUAUAAUGAAAUCAUAACACUAUUCUGUUUUUAAAUAAGUGUGACUUGGCUUUGAGAGUCUUUUUUCCUUUUUAUUUUCCGGGUCAAGGUUCUAGUAUAUUAUGCAGACAUUUUAUGUCAACGUAAGCAUUAUUUUGUCAAGAUAUGCUAGUUUUUCGUAAUUCCACUGAAAUUGUUAAGAUUUGCAAGGGAACACUACAAAAAAGUAUUGGGCCUCAUUCAUGAAACACAAGGAGAAUAAUUUUUAUGUAAAUUUUUCAUAAAGCCAUUCUUAUGUGCAAUUUUCCAUUGAAUAUGACGUUAACAAGCUUGCAGUGAAAUCAUUCAUAAAAACAUCCAUGCGUAAAUUGUUGCAUUAAACAUUCACAUUCAUAAAAUCUUGUAUAAUCUUACAAGAUCUUGUGUGGUACACAAGACCACAGCGAAUUAUUCAUAUAACAAUUUUUGCUUAAUUGUUGCUUUGUUAAAUUUUGUAAAACCAUUCUUGCAUAAAUUGUUGCAUUAAAUGCAAGAUUCACAUGGUCGCCAUUAAAUUUCGCCACAAGGUCUCCACAGUG